AUUUGCUGCUAAUUGUAUUAACAGGAGGAGAUCCAGAAGAAAACUUGCUAUAUUGUAAUGAGAGCAGAGGGAGUAUAUGAUGUUGAAGCCAAUACAUCUAUUUAUUUUUCCUUUUUUGAUAUUGUGGAUAUCCAAACCAUUGGGCACUAUUCAUUCUUGAUAUGGUAUCAUCUAUAUGUAUCUGUGCAGACUGAAAGGAUUCUUCAAGAGCCAAUCUACAAUCUUCCGGAGACAAUUUCAAUGAUAGUUCAGACGAAGGUUUCUCUUGGUAGAAUUGCAUCUUUCCUUCACCUGGAUGAUUUGAAGCCUGAUGUUAUAGAGAGGCUUCCAAGAGGAGCAACGACUAUCUGGAGCUUUGAUGAAGAACCAAGAUUCAGAGAGAAAAACAUGAAACUAAGUGACUCAUUUUCUUGGCCUGUAUUCCAUACUGCUGGUGCUAUUGAAUGGCUCUGCUUCCACCUAGAUAUGUUGUCUUCUAUUGCAUUUGCCUUCUCUUUGGUGUUCCUAAUCUCUAUUCCUCCGGGAGCAUGUGAGACAACUCAAUUCUGUUUUCUCCUGUCAAGGCAUUGCUGGCCUAGCUGUGACAUACGACUCAAUCUGAAUAUGUUGCAAGCAAUGGUAAUAUGGAGUCUUUGCAAUCUGGAGAACAAAAUUAUAUCAGUUGAGAGAAUAAUUCAGUAUUCUAACAUUCCCAGUGAGCCUCCUCUUGUGAUUGAAACAAAUCGCCCAGCUCAUUCUCGGCCAUCUCAUGGAAAAAUUGAUAUUCAUGAUCUGCAGGGCCUUACAUGCACUUUUCCAGGAGGGUUGAAAACUGGUAUUGUAGGGAGGACAGGCAGUGGUAAAUCAACUCUUAUACGGACACUUUUCCGGAUUGUUGAACCUGCAGCUGGCCAGAUUAUAAUAGAUGGUGUCAACAUCUCAUCCAUUGGACUGCAUGAUUUGCAGUCAAGACUAAGCAUCAUUCCUCAGGAUCCAACAAUGUUUGAAGGGACUGUUAGGAGCAAUCUGGAUCCUCUUGAAGAAUACACUGAUGAACAGAUUUGGGAGGUGAGACUCAUUGAAGAGUAUGAUUCUCCGGCAAGACUGCUGGAAAACAAGUCUCCAUCUUUUGCUCAGCUUGUAGCAGAGUAUACUACAAGGUCAAAUUCUAGUUUCGACCAUUGAACAUCAGCCCUUAAUAAUUGCAGCUGAGAGGAGUUUUGUCAUGACAAUGACGAAGAUUUGCUGGGAUAAUUUAAUAUUUUCGCACUUAGCAUUAAAGAUAAUGGCAUCGAGAUGACUCAUCAUGUACUUUAUAUACAUUGCUUGAAAUAAUAUCUAUCUUGUGUGGUUGUGAUAUCUAUUGUUUUUUCAAUAAUAUUUCCGGUUACUUGCUCUAGGUUGCAUAGUUUAUAAGGGUUUCAAAGUAGGGAAGUAGCUAGAAAGAUGAAGAUAUAGUGGUCGGACCCUUUUCAAUUUUCA